AUGUCAAUCAUUCUUUCUUUAUCCCCUUAUUUGUUUAUUCUUUGUACUGAAGUUCUGAUAGCUAAUAUCAAAAAGGCAGAAAGGGAGGAAAAGAUUACGGGCAUUAAGAUUGCUCGUGAUUUGCCCCCUAUUUCUCAUUUGCUCUUUGCGGAUGAUAGUCUGUUUUUCUGUCAAGCGGAUGAAGAACAAUGUUCAACGGUCAUGAAUAUCAUAGGCAACUAUGGUAAAGCAUCUGGUCAGGAGGUAAAUUUGGAUAAGUCCUCCAUUAUGUUUGGUAAAAAGGUGACUUCAGAGGUUAAGGACAGGGUAAAAUCAGUCAUUGGAAUCUCCAAGGAAGGGGGUAUGGGUUCCUAUUUGGGAAUUCCUGAGAGUCUCGGAGGAUCGAGAGUUCAAGUCUUCGGUUACGUUCGAGAUAGGAUGAAUGACCGGGUGAAUGGUUGGACAACAAAAUUCUUAUCUAAGGGAGGGAAGGAAGUAUUACUAAAGUUGGUGGCUUUGGCUCUCCCUACGCAUGUUAUGUCUUGCUUCAAACUCCCUCAAGGCUUAACGACCAAAUUGACGAGUGCUAUAUCAAAUUUCUGGUGGAGUUCUGAUGGGAAGGAUCGGGGGCUUCACUGGGUGGCUUGA